UCUGCUGUCAGAUCAUGUUAUAAGCAGGAUCUGCUGGCAGAACACAAGCUUAAUGCGAACACAGAUGGUACCAGAUCUGUUACAUUAUUCUGCUUCAUAUCUGCUGCCAAUCUGUCGGCGUACUGCUGACAAUAUGCUUACUGGGUGGAUUUUGUACCCAAUCUGUGGCCUCUCUGCUCACAUAUUUUGUCGAACAGAUUUUGCCAAUGUCUGUUCUUCGCAGGUUUGGCUGACUGGGUAGAUAUCAAUUUCGUUCGAGUCGGCACGGGUGAUCAUCCAGUUUAUUACUGCCUGAAGUAUUAGGAACGACAUGGAUGCGUUUCAGGUCGCAGAUUGAACAGCUGGACAGAGAAAACUUCACCAUAGUGGCAUGGGAACCACCCGGUUAUGGAAAAUCACGACCACCCGACAACAAGACUUUCCCGGAUAAUUUCCAUCAGCGCGAUGCUGCGUGGGCCCACAGUUUAAUGAAGACCCUAGACUAUUCGAAAUUUUCCUUGCUCGGCUUUGGCGAUGGCGGUACCACAGCGCUUUUGCUUGCUGCCACAUAUCCUCAGAGCAUUCGCAAAAUGAUCGUUUUCGGUGCAAGAUCAUACAUACAUCAGAACGAGAUCGCACACUGUGAUAAUAUUGGGAGGCGGAUCGAAGAUUUAGUACCUACAGAAGUUUGUACGGAUUAUUUUCAAAAGACUUGGACGGAGUGGGUAAACACGAUGAAAAGAUUGUACGUCGUGCAGAAUGGUAAUCUGUGCCAGGAAGCUUUAGCAAAAAUAAAAUGCCCAACGUUGAUCAUUCAUGGAUUUGAAGAUAAAUUUGUUGUUCCAGAUCAGCAAUUGCACUUGUCACAGAAUAUUGUCAACUCAAGGACAUACAUGUUUAAGAAGCCUCCCCAUGAUAUUUAUCAAAAAUAUCCCGAGGUGUUCAACCACAAGAUGACAAAGUUCCUCUUAGAAAAAUAAGAACUGAGAUAAAAUUUUUUACAAACCUAUUUUAACCAUACAUAAUUACGUGUAUAUAUUGUGUAUAUAAUGUAAUGUAGUAAGGAAUUUGUUCGAUAUGUAGAUUAAGGAAGAAGAGGAGCGCUAUUGUACAGAGCAGUAUAAUAGAAACUGGUGGAGAGAGUUUGAAGGGAAAUAAAUUGUAGUGCAAUUAUCACAAAAUACAAAGUCAUUUUCUUUGGAAUCCAGAACACAAAUGAAGAUGCCCAAGGAAGGAAAUUAUUUGUUGCGCAUAUACUUGAAGUUAAAGAUAAAUGACAUUCAAUAAUUCUAUAUAAAA